CGCCAUGGACAGUGGCCUGAAGGAAACGAGAUUGGAAAACCCGCGAGAAAAUGCAUUUCCUCUGUCUUCAGUUACUUUUUGGUACACGAUACCAACCUUCCUGCGGGGCCUGAAAGGCGACUUGAAUGAAUCAGACCUGCCUGAGACCCUGUCCGAACACAAAUCUGCCAAUUUGGGCAACUUGAUGGAGCGAUAUUGGCAGGAGGAAGAGCUGAGAGCUGCCGGCAAAAAAGCGCCACCAUCCCUCCUAAGGGUGCUAAUCCGGGCCUUCGGCCUGGAGUUUAUGUUCUAUGGGGUGGUUUUGUUUAUUUCCGAGUCAAUCAGAAUCAACCAGCCAAUUCUUUUGGGGAAACUGAUCAGCUAUUUCAAAGUUGACGCAAACCAUUUCAACAUCACUAAAUUGAAUUCUUCAGUUGAGCGACCAGAAGCGUAAAUAUUCUGUGUGUCGGAUUGAAGUUGACUAAGUGCUAACACUCUACAACUCCAACUCCAAAGUGUUUGCAAUGUGGGUUGGACUAAUCAAGUUAAUUGAAUCUCAAUUAGUUUAAUGGCUUCGUUGUUGCUGAACAAAGGCGUGUUUUCUGGCAAAGUUUCACUUUUAAGGGUUUUUUUAGUGGUAAAACAACAACAGCCGAUAGUGGUUAUAGUCUCAGAGUGAACGUUUCUUUAUAUUUUCGUAUGAGAGCAACAAUGCAGUACUCUAACCUUGUUUGAUCAGAUUUGUUUAAAAUCAGUUUCGGUACAACAACUGCAUCAGACAACUUCCGAUGUGAAAGUUGCGAUGAGUUCUUCCAGUACGACGCUUGUUUGAGCACAAAAACACUCAAAAUUUGCUGCUUGAUCAGUUCUUUUCAAAAUCACUGUCGUCCCCGAAGGUCUCGGCACAACAACUACAUCAGACAACUUUUGAUGUG